ACUAAGCUACUUACCAUCAAUUUGCUACGCCACAAAGAUCCCCCCAGAUACUUAGCCAUGUCUAUGUCUGACUUAGAGAACGAUCCCCGGUAUCCCUGGAUAAAAGUGGAACAUCGACCUCCUUCGCCGAAACCCAAGAAAAAGAAGGAUCCGAACAAGAAACCCAAAGAUCUCAACAAGGGACCGAUCCCCACCGCCUACAGGGUCAGAAUAGCUAAGGACGGGACCAAGUGGCACUCUAUUAUAGACAUCCUCAGACCCAACAGUCCACCCGUGGAGUGGCCUGAGUACCCUGACCGACCACUUGAAGACGACUUCCCUCAAGGUAUGAACACCUAUUUUGAACAACUCUCCGACUGGGACCUCGAAGAUCCUGAAUGUGUCAUUAAAAAAUUGGGAAUACCAGAAAGGGAGAGAUUCAAACUCCGCAAGAAGAAGAAGCGCAAAAUGCCUAAAGACUUAGAGAAACUAGAGGCAAAACUCAACGCACCGGACGAAUUUCCUAACGGGCCUCCUUGUGGAAUUCCAACGUACGUGGAAAACCCAGAAUUGAUAGAGGAUGAUAGUUCUUACGAUAACGACACAUUUGACACAGUAGGGCUAUACCCGGCGACGGGUUAUGGGGGAGGAUUGACUGACAAACCCCCAGAAGACGACUCCUACUACCCGGAGUCCGGAGAGAUGGACGUGGACUCUGGUGAAAUCAGCUCCUAUGGGUAUAACAUGGACCGCGAAAAGAUGUGGAAGGAACUACAGGCGAUAUAGACGGGGGUAGUAAACACCCUUUCAGUAUGCUGUUCCUGUAAAUCAUUUAAAUUGACUA